UAUAGUUCAAUAAAUAUCAUAUCUAGUGUUUAUAGGGUUCUACAUAGAACUUCAUACUUCAGUCAGUCUUUCAUAAUAUAGCUGUGAAACAUGAGCGGAACUUCCUCAAUAGCUCCCUUUUCCAAAAGAUUAGAAGGCAAAGUGGUGAUAGUCACCGGCGGAGCCAGCGGAAUAGGCGAGAGCACGGCCAGACUGUUUGUCCGCCACGGAGCCAAAGUUGUGAUUGCCGACAUCCAAGAUGAGCUCGGACACUCUCUCUGCGAAGAAAUACUCAACUCGACUAGUAACGAUGAAUCGGCCAACAUUACCUACGUUCACUGCGAUGUCACGAGCGAUACAGACAUGAAAAAUCUCGUAGACUGCGCAGUGUCGAAACACGGAAAACUGGACAUCAUGUUCAACAACGCCGGCAUAUCUGGAGACGUGGACCCCACCAUCCUCGGCGCCGACAACGACAACUUCAGGCGUGUCUUCGAGGUCAACGUGUUUGGCUCCUUCUUGGGUGCUAAACACGCUGCUAGGAUUAUGAUCCCCGCGAGGAAAGGGGUGAUACUAUUCACAUCCAGCGUGGCAUCACAGAGCAGCGGUGAGUCGCCACACGCGUACUCGGCGUCGAAGCAUGCGGUGGUGGGGCUGAUGAAGAACCUUUGUGUCGAGCUCGGGCAGUUUGGCAUAAGAGUCAACGCGAUAUCUCCAUGCGCCAUAGCAACGCCGUUGCUCAGGAACGGUAUUGGGUUAACAAAGAGCGUGGUGGACCACGUGAUUUGUGCUUCGGCGGUACUCAAAGGGCCUGCUCCGGAGCCUAAUGACGUUGCUGAGGCGGCACUGUACUUGGCCGGUGACGAGUCAAAGUACGUUAACGGGCUUAAUCUUGUUGUUGAUGGAGGUUACAGCACCGCAAAUCUUGCGUUUAGUACGGCUUUGAAAAGUUUGAUGUUUGAAAAUAAUGUUGGUUCUAGCUAAUUUUGUUUACUAUAUUGUGUAAUGAGUCAAAUAUAUUGAUAUUUUAUUGCUGUUCUUGGCUUUUGUCUAUUCGUUUUGUUCCUUUAUAAAAAUGUAAUAGCUAUUCACCCUCAUUUAUCUAAUAAUAUUUUAUUUUCAUAGAA